AUGGACUUGCUAUACUUGAAUACUCUGCAGAAUCUGUCGUUGGUGCCGGGCAACUUUGUCAGCCAGUGCAUUGACCAGCUCAAUGUUUUAUACAACAUGGAGCUGAAUGCUUACAUUGAGUUCGGUAAUAAGUCGGUUUUCGACACUCUCUUGCCAGCUAGAGAGCUUGUUCUGCCCACACUCCGGGUAAGCAAUACGAAGCUGCAACUCGUGCUUAGCGGCAACUUUAGUGAACGUGCCUUGACCAUCAUAUUUCUGGAGGAUGCGCAUGCGAACAGCAUGUUCAACUACCUCACAUCCUGGCUAUGGCGUGCCCAGCAACUACACGUAUUCAUCGUAUAUCCGGGGGCAACACCUGGUAAACUAUUUCAGCUCUUUGCGCAUUGCUGGCGUCAGGGCAUGGUGCACAUCCUGGUGGCGUUGCCGCACACUCAGGAGCUCUACAGCUAUAUGCCAUAUCCAAAGCUUCGACUGCUGGCCAUGCAAGAUACGCUGCAGUACUUUCAUCGCACUCGUGGCUUGCUUUGGGACUUUCAUGGCUUUCAGAUAACUUGUGGCAUUCUGCCCAGCAGCGCACCAAGGGCCUUUCUCUUUAAAGAUCAGCAAAAUCGAACUGUGUAUGCUGGCUAUAUGCUGCGCAUGACACUGGACUUUAUUAAGCACUUUAAGGGCAGCAUACGAACACACAUGCUGGGCACUUUGAAGGAAGCUAAUGAUGCGCUUAGCACUCGUCGCGUCGACUUCUUGCCUUAUCUGCUGGCAGAGACUCCGAAUUUCACGAGCAGCGUUGUGCUCUGGCAUGAGAACAGCUACCUUAUGGUUCCGUCAGCCAGACUUCUGCCCAGGUAUAUGUAUCUUCUGAAGCCAUACAGUUGGACCACUUGGUUGGCAUGCCUCGUCAUGUUGAGCUACUGCAGCGGGGCACUGUUUCUGCUUUCGCAAGGACAUCUCAGUUUGAGUGAUGCCUUUCUGCAAAUUUUGCGACUCUUGCUUUUCCUGUCGCCUGGUAGAGAUCUAACUGCGCCUCCUCGGCCUCGUCGCCUGUUGGUUUACAUUAUGAUGAUAAUAACUGGCCUGAUGCUGACCAAUCUUUAUCUGGCGCAGCUCUCCAGCAAUUUGGCGGCGGGCCUUUAUGAAAAGCAGUUCAACAACUUCGACGACUUGGAGGGAACGGAUUACAAACUGCCUCAAGAGGAAGUCGAAUAUAACUUCUUACACAAGCUGCCCGAUCUGCAUCCGCAGCUGGCCAAACGCCUCGUAGUCACACCGGAGCAGCUGGUGGACAGAUAUCGACUCGAGCUGAACGUCAGCAUGCUGCACAACGGCUUCGCGGAUAGCAUUGAGUUUGCUUUGUACCAGCAAAAGUUCUUACGCGUUCCGCUAUUCCACAAGUUACCGCAGAUCAUCUACCAGCAGCCCUUCUUCAUGCCCGCCGCCUACGGGCGACCCUACCUAAAGAUCUUCAAUUUUUAUAUGCGGCGAGUGUUCGAAGGUGGAAUCUUGCUUAAGAUGAAAAGCGAUGGCUUUAUCAAUGGGAUCCAGAGCGGACGUUUGCGAUUCGUGAACCGUGCCAGAUACCAGGAGGUAAAUUCCAAUGAUCUGGAGUACUACUAUGUGGCAGCUGGAGUUUGGCUGAUCGGUAUGUUGCUGGCCUCUGUGUGCUUUAUCUUUGAGCGCUGGAUGAGCUAA